UAUUUGUAUGGCUUGCAUUCCACCAAUAAUCCGCCAAAGCGCGUAGCCAUUUUGGAGGUUACAUGGACAUUUUCAUAAAGGUAGUUUUGAUAAUGAGUUUUAUAAUACACAUAUACUUAUAUGUUCAGGAUACGUAAAAUAAUCCUGCCGUGUUUGUAGUAUGUAACACUAGGUUAGAGUGACUGCAGUGCAGAUUAAACAAACAUUGAAUUAUUAUAAUAUUAAUCAGUGACCGGGAAAAAUUGGUGGAUACUCAUUGCAUAAUAUAUCAACAUAUAAAGAUGGACGAACCGAAGAAAGAAGAACCGAAGAAGGGAAAACCGAACAUUGAAAUGGAAUCGUAUGAAAGACGUUUCUUUGCUAUAAUAAGGCGUGGUCAAACAGAAAAUAUAUUACGUUAUCUACAUAAUAUACAUAUUGAUACAGUAAAUGAGGAGGGUGAGACGCCUUUAAUAAUUGCCGCCAAGGGCUGUAAUUAUGUGCUGUUAAAACUUCUGACAGAACAAGGUGCAAAGCUAAAUAAAACUGAUAAGGAAGGAAGAACUGCUUUACAUUAUGCAUCAGGACAUGGUAACUUUGAUAGUAUCAAUCUUCUGUUAGCUAAUGGUGCUAAUAUUGAUAUAAAAGAUGAGGAGGGAAGAACCCCAUUGCAUUAUGCUGUGAAGGGUGAUCAUAUCAAGUCUGUUGAUUUGUUGGUUUUUUGUGGUGCUGAUGGAACCCUACCAGAUUAUAAUGGUGUUACCCCUAUGUCAUUAUGUAGUGAUAGCAAGAUGUCAUCAUUGAUGUUAGAUUCUGUGAAAACUGUUAAUGCUAUUAAACAGGGCUACAUCAAAAUCGAUCGAAAUGUCCUAAAAAGUGAUGAAACAAAGGACUUACGGAAUCUUAACUGUAAAAUUUCUACGCCAGUAACAUUUUCCUCGGACGAUGUUUACUUACUAUCUAGAAGGGUGAGACCAGAGUUUCGGAGACAUGUUUUACGACCUAAAGAACUUCUUAUCAGUGAUACCUGCCAGUUUAGGGUUUCAGGUUCAGCGAUAGAAAACGACAUGACAAUCAGCGUGCCAAUGUAUUGUCGUCCACAACCACACGAGGAAAUCCACAUGAUAACGAACAUGCAACCUAUGGCUGGUGAAGACAAUAUAGAGAGGGAUGUUGCUGAUGCAGAAUCUGGGGAUUUUGUACAAUGUUCUGUAAAAGUUGACCUUCGCUUAGUGGAUAGUUUGUUGUUAGUUACUCUACCGAAGAAAGAAUACCUGGCAAUGUCAACGAAAGGUGGAAAGGUAAAGUCUACAAUUGAUACUUAUGUCACCUUCGAAGUUGAGAAGGACACAUUUAGUACAGAUGGCGCAUUGGUACACCAGAUUUUACCCAAGCCAAUGAUUUCUAAAGAAGAGUUCCCCAAUCUCAUCGCGUGCACCAAUUUUCAUGACGUCACUCAUUCGUCAUCAGAACAGCCGAAGAAUAAAGUGAAAAUGACGCUUCCGUUGCCGAAUGGUUAUACUUCCGGUUCUAAGGAAUAUAAAUUAUACGUAAUGCUAAGACAGGAAGGUGACAACGGAUAUGACGCAGAUAAAUGGGAAGUACUGACUGAUUCCCCAACUGUCACCCAAAAUAAAAUACAAGCAGAUAUUCCCCAUUUCUGUGCGGUGGCCGCAAGACAAUCCAGUCCUGAAAGUAAUAGAAACCUCCGAGGGGAAACUGAACAACUGUAUCAAAAAGCUCUGAGAGCUGAAUGCAAAGCAGUAUUCCUAGGUCUACUCACAAAGCUUAAUAAUAGAGGAGAAGCUGAACUUCUGGCAGAGUGUACAAAUUCUCCGAACUAUAAAUCACGUAUCGAAGACCAUGUAAGUGACAAUUACGUCGAUCAAGAGCCAAGCUUCACGAAACCGUUCACGACGUAUUCGGGUCAUAAGUUUCUUCUGGAAGUGAAAGGGCAGUUAGAAAUUGACGAAAAGAUCCAACAGAGUCUUGAAUUCCACCCUAAACGAACAAAAGAAAACAAAAAGUGCUUUGCCAUAAUACCCACAAAUGAAGAUUUUGAAUGUCGUGGACAAUUAGAGAUUAUAGACCUACAACCGCAAGAGAAUAAGUAUGGGCUUACGACAGGUGAGACCAUUGAUCGAAUUCAUUUGCACCUGAAACCUAGAGAAAAUAAAAACGAAGAUCACCGAAAAAAGAAGUAUGAAGGUUUUCUUAGUGAUCGGCUUAUUAAACACAUCACAAACAAACUAGAAAAGGAACAAUUUGAUAAACUACUGGUUGACAUUCAUAAAUCUACGGCGAUCACUGAACCACGUGAGCAAGUAUUAAGGGAAUGGAGAGAUAUAGCUAUAAACAGAGAAGAUGGUGGCUUACCAGCAUUGAUUAAAGGGCUUGGCGAUUUGGAACAAACGGAACUUGUGGGGGAUAUUUUAGAACAAUUAAAGGAUUGGAAGAAAGAUUAUAUUAAAACAAGAGUACCGUUUACUAUCUGGUUAUCAGAUAUAGACCCAGAUGGAUUUUCUAAAAUAAAACAAGGUACAAAGAAACCGAUGUCGGAUGAGUUCUUGAGAUCUCUAGCAGUAGAGAUUUGUAAGAGUGACGAAGAUACAAGUGAAUUAUUUCAAAACUUGAAGAUGGAAGAAAAUCAGAUAUUAAACAUCACAGAAAAUAGACUUUACGCAGGGAAGAAGAAAAUCAAAGUUCAAAUAUACUUGCUAUUAAAAUUGUUCCGAGACUUGAAUUAUUCUAGACAGUCGGAAAGCUUUCAAAACCUCCAUAAAGAACUAUACGAGUUGCGACACAAGUUCCCGAAAGCAGAUGAACGUUGCUUGGGGAUGGCCGAAGACUGGAUCCAAUCUAACAAUAAUUAUUCUGAUUUGAGAGAUACCUUGAAACCGUAUAUUGAGGCACAUCGAAGUAAAGAACGCGACUAUAAUGGAUUAGAGAGGAUUAUACCAACACCUGAAUAAUAUUAGAUGUAUAACAAAUUGAACUGGGGGGAUACUGGCUUCAAUCUAAUUUAAAUCUAAAAGUAAACAUAGGCCCUAGUGUUUAUUGGCUUAUCGCCUGUCCAACCUCGUGGGUUUUCUGUGGAUCCCCCGCCCCCCCCCCCCCCACUGCUAAAGACCAUUACGCGCAAGUGAAUUAUUGAAAUAAAAUUAAACCAUAUGUUAGUCCCGAAAUAACCUAGUUUGUGUCGAGUGAACAUUAAACCCAUUUCUACCCCUCUUAUUGGCUUUAUUUUUGAAACAUAAAUUAGGACACAAGUGCUACACAUCUUCUGGUUCUUGCUGUACUUCGUCUCCUUGGUGGUGACGUCAAUUCAUGUGAGAUCGACAUAUAUCUUAACAUGCGCAUUUCUUUCACAAGUGUAUAUCGAUUGACCGACUUCUAUGUUUAAUAUGGCGUUGCAAUUUUAAGAUGGUGGCAAUGACGUCAUGGUUGUAAUCUUUAUUUCGGCUUGUAUUAUUUAUAUAAAA